GCCAUGCUGUUGUGUCAAGAUUCAAGAUCCAAGAAUGAUUGACAACAUUUUCUUGUUACAAAGCAAGUUCGUUCAAAUGUAUAUUUACUUGUAAAUGUAUCAUUCAACUUGAGCUUUCAUAUUUAUCAGUGUCUUCAUUUGAUUUCUUUCCGUAUCACACUCAUUUAGUUCCCGCCAGAGACUUUGUUCUCCACGAGCAAUAAACGCCCACAAAGCAAAGUCUACUUCACUAUCCGAAUGUAAAGAAAAUAUGAGCGGGCUUAGAACGAGUAUCUGGGCCCCAGGAAACUAUCGCCCUCCGAGUUCCACUGGCUCUAGCUACAAUACUUUGCGGGAGAAUGUACCGGUAUCUACUCACUCCCAUCAGUCGCGAGAGACGAGUAAGAAUCGAGCAACAGAAACUCCCCGCAAAAUGAUCGUAGACAGAGGACUGCCGCAGAAUGAGCUACGGAAGAGUUCUGGUGGGCUGAGUACCAGUCAAUGGGCACCGUGUAAUUACCCUGGCAGAUCGAAAGCAGCAAACCGUGCGGAGGUUUGGACUAUGGUAUGCAUUCACAUAUUUUGCUUAAAUAACAUGCUAAUCUUAUGAUACUCUAUAGAUUACGCCAAUCUUACAACCUUCGCCGAUGCGCCACGCGUAUAAUGCCUCGAGUCCUGCACACUCCUCCCAAGACCUUGGCCUGCCUUACGAAGUACAACAUUACAUUCUUGGUAUGAUGCAGCGGAUCAUGGAGGAGGGAUGUUAUACCUUUGCAUCGCGAUGGAUCCCCGACCUACUACAUAGGAACAAUUGGACAUGCUCGGAAGCUGUUGAAUUGUCCACGUGGAGAACUUUCCUUCCACAAAACAUCCCAGCAGAAGCUCUUGCCUCACACAGUAAACCUCUCCAUAGAUGUCUGGCUGAUGCUGUUCGAAUAAGAAACUCUGCUACUCAUCGCCAUAUAUGUUCCAGUCGCGAACUACAACGUAUGACACAACAAGCCGAAGACCUCAUGAGUCUGUUUUCGGAUCAAACGAGGCAAUUGAAGUUCCAAAGACUGUGGACUGAGCUUAACGAUUGGGAAAAGUUUAGUGCAAUGGAUAUGCAAGCCGCCAGACACAAAAUGGAGUUGGCACUUCAAGAAAUUGGCGAACGACCCAUGGACGAUAUGGAUUGGACCACAAACGAAAUUUCUUUGCAACAAAUUCCCGCAAAGGAAGUAGAGCUAGGAGGUGCCGAUGAUUACGAUGUUUAUGACGAAAUGGAGAUAGACUAGGAAUGCAUUUCAAAGGAGUUACGAUUAUAGGGAACUGGAGUUAGAUUUAUCGUAGGCUGCGAAACUGGCAAGAGUGUGGCUUUAGGAGUACUUAAAAUGGGUGGUAGGAUUGCGAAUACCCAUUCUGUUGCUUUUUGGAAUAUCACAAGCGCAUUUCCUCAAAGAGAUUGAGUUCAUAGAUCAGACCUUCUAAAGAAUUUUACAGGCAAAAAAACAAAAUCAAAUCAAGUUGCUACACAGCUCAGCACCACAGACAACUUUUGCAACAUCAUAUGUACGAAUAUAUGUUCAAGGCUUCGGGAAGCCCAAAAUAAUACGAGUUAUAUUUUAAAGAG